AUGCAGAAUGUGCAACGCAAGUUUGGUAAAUUGAUGAAACGGUCUGCCGACAGAUCUGAUGUGGGAGGCAUUUUAAGUGAAUUCAACACUGCGGACCAAGCGCUUGGUAGUACUCAACUCUAUGUUGCAGAAACUUUGCACUUGCUGUACAAACCUAUCGAAGUCGAAGAUGAUCCAGACAAUCCUACACAGCACAAGCCAGCUCCGACACCGCGAAGAUACCUGGAAAAGGCUGGUGACUUGCAGACGAUCUACGCACAUCUUGGAAAAGAUCUGAGCACCGAGAUCAAUUCAAUUGAGCCCAGACUCCUUAGACCUGCCAUGGAUGCUAAGGAUUCUCUCAAGAUGCUCAAGAAAUCGAUUAAACGAAGAGAAGAUCUGAAGCGUUACAACUCACGCGCAGACAGCGCUCGACGCAAAGACACAAGGUCUGCUAGAGAAGAGAACGCUUUGAUGAAGCAUGAGACCGAUCUUGCUCGCGCCAGUGCUCUCAGGAAAGUUCUGCCCCCUGUGUUGGAUGGCUUAUCAAACCUUCUGCCACAUCUUCUUGCUAUCCAGAUCAUGAUUCAGUACCAGCUGGUGGGUCAAAUGUACACUCAGCUCCAUGAGUAUUGUCAGACACAUCAACUGCCUUCGCCCGCUCCAGCUUUGGAGCAGGUCGUGAACACUUUCGAGGUUGAGUUUACGCCUUUCAGAGAGGAUCUCGAGCGUAACGUCCGGACCAUCUCGACUGGCAAAGCUAUACACCAACCCAUGAGUCUUCCGGACAAACAGCAAGGCACUGUGACUGGACUUGGUUUGCGUAAUACUUUCGCUCGUAGAACGAGCAGCCAAGGGUCGUUGCCUAAGCCUAGUAUGUUGGGACAAGGACAAGCGCGCAUCGAAUCCGGCGAUGUCGAUGAUGAGCCAGCACCUGUCAAGCCUCCUAGACCUGGUCGUAUACCUUCUAGUGCCAGACUGCAUUCUCACUAUGAGGACACAGCUACACCCAACUCUCACUAUGAGGACGAAGGGGCACCUCCAGUAAAACCACCUCGACCUGGAGCGGCUCCUAGUAUCGACAUGGGUAGCAAACCACGGAUCCCUUCUAGCUCUAAGCCUCCUCCGAUGAUUACGCCCGAUGGUUACGCCAACGGCGGAGCAGCUCGACCAAUGUAUUCGGCUUCAAGUACACCUAGUUCGGCAUCAACGCCAUUCCUGACACCGUCUUCUGUAUCGCAUCAGAAUCAGGGCUCGGACUACUUCAGUCGAGAGCGCAAGGCUUCUACGUCUUCUGGAACAAUCAGUGUCGUGGGCAAGAAGAAACCUCCACCGCCUCCGCCCAAGAAGAGAAUGGCGUCGUAUCAGAGUGAAUUUGUCACUGCUAUGUAUGAAUUUGCUGGGCAAGGGUCAGGGGACCUGUCGUUCCGUGAAGGCGACAGAAUUAAGGUGGUGAAGAAGACAGGAUCGACGGACGAUUGGUGGGAGGGAGAACUCAAUGGAGUGACGGGUAGCUUCCCAGCAAACUAUGUCAAGCUUGAUUAA